AUGUCCAACUCCUCCGCCUCCUCCCUCCACGAAUCCCUCCUCCGACCCGCGAUUCUCCAGAUCCUGCGCGCCGCCGGCUUCCAUGCGACCCGUCCCUCCGUUCUCGACACUCUCACCGACCUAGCAGCCCGACACCUCCUCCUGCUCGCCUCCAAGACCGCCGCCAACGCGUCCGUGAUUCAUAGUGACCUGAUCCCCUGCAUAACCGACGUGCGCCUGGCUCUACAGGACAGCGGCGUCAUCGUAGCGCCGCUCACCGCAGCAGAGGAGACUUGGCGGGAGAUGCUGCGCAAGCCGUUGGACCAGUACCCCGAGCGCAACGGGCUUCGGGCGAAGGAGAGGGCGAGACGGGACGCGGAGGACACGGCUGAUGUGAGGGAGUUCCUGGACUGGAUUACGGGAGAGAAGAAUAGGGAGAUUAGGAGGGCGGCGGGGAUGUUCAAUGAUGAGGUGCAGGGCGUGGAGCUGGAGGCGACGGGGCAGACGGAGGAUUAUUUGACGGCUCUCAAGAAGAAACACAGCAAAACCGGAGAAGAGUCACGAUAUCAGGGGACAGUGCUUGGGAAGCCAGCUGAGGAUAGACCGAUCAAGAUCGAGGGAGGACCAGCCGACAGCUUUCAGGAAUGGGUACGACAGACGCAAGAGCGGGCAGCUAAGCAGAGUAUAUCCGCUUACAGCAAUAGUCACGUGAGCGAGAUGGCUGAAGCCCGGACCGCGUCGGACGGCUGA